GUUUCCCACUGGAUUCAUGUGUCCAGAGAUGAUUUCAGAGACCUAUUUGCAUAGUGAUGCUGAUCGCGUCCUACUAUACGUGAGAAAUGCAAUGGAAAAACAAAAAAAUAAGCACUUCAUCUUAUGCCCAUACUAUGAAAAGAAUCAUUGGGUUCUUCUGGUAUUAUGCAUGACUAAGCGUGAGGUCUACAUCUUUGAUUCUAUGAGGCAAAAGCGAAAUUUGGCAAUUAAGUUUCCAAUGACAAAUGCUUUUCGAAAUUACAAGACACUAGGUGGACAAUCUAAGGGAAGUAAACUGACAUGGCAUUUGAGACAGUUUUAA